UAAAACCGAGACUUUCGAAAAUACCUGAUAUAUUGAGGGUGUCCGCUUUAUGGAUGACCGUUACAUCGUAAAAAUCCGCUUUAUGGAGGUCCGCUCUGAAGAGGGUGUCCGCUUUAUAGAGACUAAACAUGGAUUUAGCUGAGUAGAAAAAAACAAGGAAAUCAGAUAUGAGGUUGAUGUUAGUAUUGUGUGCGGUUGUGUUUGCUAGCGGAGCUGCCGUGCACGAGACUGAAGUUCAAGAUGCCCUCCCCAAUUGCGUGAGCAUCAUAUCCAUCAACUCACCGAAAACCCGGCGAACCCUCACCUUCGAUAACUUUGGCAUCGCCUCCAACACACAUGGGUCUCUCCUUUCAAAACAUCCGGGACAAUUUCGUAUCAAGAAAGGAGGAUUUCUAGGGAAAAAGGGAACAGUGUCUAUCGAGUCUCUUAAGAAUCCAGGUUACUUCCUGAGACAUAAGAACUACAACUUCCGGUUGGAAAGGACAACCAAGAACUCUAUGUUUGCAAAAGAUGCGACAUUCUAUCUGCUUAAGGUGCAAGAUGACCCCGCCCUUUACGCCUUUGAACUGUACAGUCACCCCUCGUGGUUCGUCGCUCACAAGCGAACGCUGCCCUACAAGCUCACUCUUCGUCACGUGACAGGCGCCGACCAGCACGUUAUGGACUCCACCUUCUUCCUCGAGCCACGCAAAUGUCAAACGUCAGGGAAAGGCAAGGAUGCACAAACCAAGAAGGCAACUAUAACAGCGAACGAUAAUGAUAGUGACCUAACCGAUAUAGAUACCUCCGACAAUGCUAAGAGUAUGGGUCCGCAAGGGUCGUCGGGAACUAUCGUGGUGCAAAACGAUCCCACUUCGAGUGGAAAAGAUCAAGACAUUAUCACCGAAGUGGAAAAGGCUUUUAACAGUUCAAUGAGCGGAAAAAGUGACAAAGUCCUGAAGGCUCUCGAGUCUGACAUCGAGCGCAAAGUAGACGGCCUUGCAGACCAAGUCAUCACACCAAAGGACUCCGCAUCAGCUAAGAAUGACUCGGCAAAAGAUCCGCAAAUCGAUGACGGUUCGGAAAACGUCGUCACUCAAACCGUUGCCGACUUUGCCGACAGCUCAGAAGCUGUAGGUACAGAGUCAGCUGAUGACGUCAUCGUCCACGUUGAUUCCGGUAAUAAGAAGUCAAUGGGAAGCAGGAAGACAGGUGUUGAGAGCCGCGUGAACAAGGGCGAGCCAAAGUACCAAGACAAAAGCAAUGAAGCUUCAAGGAGUUCUGAGGUGCACAAGGGAGAUCCCAAACAGAUGGACGAACACUUGGAGGUCAUAUCACGAAAUAAGCUAGCAAAACCAAGUGUGAAAUCAGCUAAGAGAGAUCUCUUAACGGGUCAAGCGACACCGAAUAAAAAUAGUGCUGAUAAAAGAACAGGUUUUGCUCGAGCCGUGGAACUCGUGAACGAGGCUCAGAGCAAAUUAAAGAAUGUGCUGAAUAAAUUGGACGAGAAAGCGGCGAGUACUAAGAGUGGAAUAAAGCCAGCAAGAGUGGCCACCCUUGUAGAAAACAUCCAGAAAAAGAUGAAACAAGAGUCUGCGCAUGCGCGUCAUCUAAACAUAUCCGCUGACACGCUCCACAACUUGGCUAAGCAAACACCAGCCAAAGUCUAUUUUUCCGAAUCGUGUGAAGAUGCGUUUCCUGAAGCUUGUGAAAGAUGGGCAAAAAAGAGAUACUGCCUGACAUUUAACGAGCUGAUGAAACGAUAUUGCCGAAAGGCCUGUAGCUUAUGUGAUCACGUGAUUACAACGGGCUUCACGUCAUGUAGUAAGACAUGCGGUGGUGGUGUUCGUCUGCGCAUGCUCAAAGUAAACAACCGCCAGGUGCUACAGAGGCGAGUCUGCAAUGUCGACAAAUGCCCAAUUGACGGCGGGUACACACCGUUCUCAAAUUUCUCCGAGUGCAGCUCAACAUGUGGUAAAGGCCUAAUGUACCGACACAGAAGUUGCACAAACCCACCACCGCAAUAUGGCGGCCGCGACUGCACCAGACUUGGGAGCCCUGUGGAUACUAAGCCCUGUCACGUCAAAUGUAAAGAUGAGCCUGUAGAGGAUGACGACGACAAUGACGACAGCACAGCCGCUGACACAGGCUCAGGUGGCGAAGAGGACGAGACUGUUUCUGCGCACAGCGACUCGUCCGAAAAGAAAGAGGGUGACGACUUCGAACACAUGCCCGAAUACAGGAUGGAGGACAUGAACCUCGCCCCAGGCUACAACAUCCAAACAGCUGAGGAGCAAAGAAAAUUGGAAGAAGCCGCGAUGACCGAGAGUCCAAAUAAAACUUUUAAAUGGCCUGGCCCGGGAGAUAGAAAAACUCCCAUGAUCCUUCAUCAGCAAAAUGGUAACGAGUACGAACAUAAAGAUCACCAUGGAAACCGCCAUAUACUUCAUAUAGCCAAGCACCACAAGCAUCCGCAUCUUCGGACCGUACACUACAAUAAGAAGCCCGUGGCCAAGCUGAAGUGUGGACCAUCCAUGUUUUUAAAAUACCACCGAAGAGAAGACAACAGCCCUGAACAGGACGCCGCCGAAGCUGGCUAUAGUCAGAACUCUAUGCUUGGUGGCCCUCAAGAGAACUUUCAGCAAAACUACAAGCGGACCCCAGGCAACAAUAAGCGAGGACUGAAUUUCCAGAAUUACAAGGUGUACGAGCAAGGCAAAUUCAUGUACGAUAAGUACGGCUUGCCUAUGGAUACGACAAAGGAGGUCAUCAAGGCUUUUGACUCGCCAUACAAGAUCGUGCUGACGAAGAAUAAGAAACACGAGAUGGUGAUCAGCGAAGAGUGUCUCGAGUCUGAUGCAGGUGUUAAUCCAGAUAUGGACAUCAAAACAAACUCGAUAAAGGAGUUAGAGUCUUAUGUGGGUCCAAACGGCUUGUCUGGGACGAUCAAGAUUCCCUUCCAUAAAGCCAAACCUCUGGCAACAUCACUAACAGACAAUGGAAUGUACGAGUACAAAUACGAGAAUCCAGGACAAAUGAAUGGUUACACAGUGGAGGCCCGGCAGGCGCUGCCUGGCAAUGGCAUGGGAGCGGCAAAUCUAGAUAAUGAGCUGAAGAGGGCAUUGGACAUAGCCUCAAACGACGAGAGGCGGGCACUAUCGCGAACUACACUCAUGUCAGAUGCAAAGUCCACACUUUCCGAGGAGCUCGCAGCAGAGAGAGAAGAAGCAUUAAAAGAAAAGAAAUUUGAGGCAAAGCAACGUAAACAUGCCAUGUCAUCAUACCGCGGGUACACUGGGUAACGACAGGCUCUUGACAUGUGCUCCUGUUACCCGUGACGACGGGCUCAUGACGUGUAUUCCUGCUACCCUUGACGACAGGCUCAUGACGUGUGCUCCUGUCACCCUUGACGACGGGCUCGUGACGUGUUCUCCUGUCAUCCUUGACGACGGGCUAAUGACGCGUGCUCCUGUUGCCCUUGACGACCGAUAUUGUCAGAGAAAUUAUGACAAAAAAUUCUAUACAAAGAGGAUAUUAUAUGGUCGCGCGCAAAUACAAAUUUUGUGUUCAAGUGUUGCUAUUAUCUCUAAGGGAGCACGAGAAGAUAAAAUUGCAUUUGCAAAUGACAAUGUAAUGUUCUGUUUAUUAGAUGAAAUCUUUUAGGUGAAAGUUUCAUACUAGUUAAAACUUGUUAUCACCACAUGUUUUAUAAAUAUGAUAUUAACAUCGGUUGCAGUGGCGAUAUCAGUUGAAACAUUUUGAUAUCACCAGUAUCACACUCUAUAACACGCAAAAAAGUUGUAUAUUCAAUCAACAGAGAAUAUAAUAAAGAAAUGUUUGCCGUUACUAAACAGAGGUAAGCUCUCAUUAAAAAAUGAUGAACCUA